CUUCCUCACUCACGGUGCUACGAAAACAAAACUCAAGAACAAUUUCUGAAACGAUUUCUCUUCUCUCUGUUUCGGUUUGAUUCUUCCUCUGAAUUCUUUACCCAGCAAAGUUUCUGAGUUCUCAUGGCGGGAAAAGGAGAAGGUCCGGCGAUCGGAAUCGAUCUCGGGACGACGUAUUCAUGCGUCGGAGUAUGGCAACACGACCGUGUCGAGAUCAUCGCUAAUGACCAAGGAAACCGUACGACGCCGUCGUACGUUGCCUUCACCGAUACCGAGCGUCUGAUCGGAGACGCGGCGAAGAAUCAAGUCGCGAUGAACCCUAUCAACACCGUCUUCGAUGCCAAACGUCUCAUCGGUAGAAGAUACAGCGACCCAUCAGUCCAAGCCGACAUGAAACUAUGGCCAUUCAAGGUCAUUCCUGGUCCUGGCGACAAACCCAUGAUCGUGGUCAACUACAAGGGCGAGGAAAAACAGUUCGCGGCGGAGGAAAUCUCGUCCAUGGUCCUCAUAAAAAUGCGCGAGAUAGCCGAGGCUUAUCUCGGCACGAGUGUGAAGAACGCGGUGGUCACUGUACCUGCUUAUUUCAACGACUCUCAGCGUCAAGCUACCAAAGACGCUGGUGUGAUCGCUGGCCUCAAUGUUAUGCGUAUCAUCAACGAGCCGACCGCAGCAGCAAUCGCGUACGGUCUUGACAAGAAGGCAUCGAGUGUCGGUGAGAAGAACGUGUUGAUCUUUGAUCUGGGUGGUGGUACUUUCGACGUGUCUUUGCUCACGAUCGAAGAGGGUAUCUUCGAAGUGAAGGCAACGGCUGGUGACACUCACCUUGGUGGCGAGGAUUUCGACAACAGGAUGGUGAACCAUUUCGUUCAAGAGUUCAAGAGGAAGCACAAGAAAGACAUUAGCGGGAAUCCACGAGCUCUGAGGAGGUUGAGGACAGCAUGUGAGAGAGCCAAGAGAACUCUCUCCUCCACUGCUCAAACCACCAUCGAGAUUGAUUCCUUGUACGAGGGUAUCGAUUUCUACACAACCAUCACCCGUGCGAGAUUCGAGGAACUCAACAUGGAUCUCUUCAGGAAAUGUAUGGAGCCCGUUGAGAAGUGUUUGCGAGACGCUAAGAUGGACAAGAGCAGCGUUCAUGACGUCGUCCUCGUUGGUGGCUCCACUAGAAUCCCCAAGGUUCAACAGCUUUUGCAGGACUUCUUCAAUGGCAAGGAGCUUUGCAAGAGCAUUAAUCCAGACGAGGCUGUGGCCUAUGGUGCGGCCGUUCAAGCUGCCAUCUUGAGCGGUGAAGGCAACGAGAAGGUCCAAGACCUCUUGUUAUUGGAUGUCACCCCCUUGUCUCUGGGUCUUGAGACAGCAGGCGGUGUCAUGACUGUGCUUAUCCCGAGAAACACGACCAUUCCGACCAAGAAAGAACAGGUCUUUUCGACUUAUUCAGACAACCAGCCCGGUGUACUUAUCCAAGUCUACGAAGGGGAACGUGCGAGGACAAAGGACAACAACCUGUUGGGCAAAUUCGAGCUCUCGGGCAUUCCUCCUGCACCCCGAGGUGUUCCUCAGAUCACCGUUUGCUUCGAUAUUGAUGCCAAUGGCAUCUUGAAUGUGUCGGCUGAGGACAAGACCACUGGACAGAAGAACAAGAUCACGAUCACCAAUGACAAGGGAAGGUUGUCCAAGGAAGAGAUCGAGAAGAUGGUGGAAGAAGCCGAAAAGUACAAGGCCGAGGACGAGGAACACAAGAAGAAGGUCGAGGCCAAGAACGCGCUCGAAAACUAUGCUUACAACAUGAGGAACACGAUCAAGGACGAGAAGAUCGGUGCAAAGCUUGAUCCUGCGGACAAGAAGAAGAUCGAGGACGCCAUUGACCAGGCGAUCCAAUGGCUUGACGGGAACCAGCUGGCUGAGGCGGACGAGUUCGAGGACAAGAUGAAGGAACUUGAGGGUAUCUGCAACCCGAUCAUUGCUCGGAUGUACCAAGGUUCGGGGGCUGAUAUGGGCGGGGCCGGUGGUGGGAUGGAUGACGAUGGUGCUCCUUCCGGCGGAGCUGGUCCCAAGAUCGAAGAAGUCGAUUAAGCAAAAGGAAUCCAUUUCUUGACCAAGUUUGCUACAAUCUAUCGUUCCGUUCCGGUUAUCGUUUGGUUUAUGUUGAAGUACGGUUUCAAUGUUGUCAUGGUUUUAAAACAAUGAAACUUUCAGUCUCUUUUCCGGUU